AUCAAAGGCGUCGGCCCGCGUCUUGAUGCUGACUAGUGUGUGCUGUAUCAGCAAUCAAUGCUAGACUUUCCCACCUACAGUAGGUAUCCAUCCGAAUUUUUGCAGAUAAGCGAGCAAGGCUUUACGAGGUUCCUGUACGAACAGUCAGGGAACAUCUCCACGCCCCAGAGCAUCGAGCUGGUGUAUCGUCUCGAGUAACACGUUACUGCCCAGCUUCGACGAUCAAUUGCAUAGCCUUCUCACCAGUGUCGCAAUCGCUGUCGUUAACAUGUUCUCUUUUCUGCGAGCACCACUUCCACCCCGGACAAACAAUGCGACCAACAACCCCAUCAUCUACGAACAAGGCAAAUCCUCCGUCAAUUUCCAUGCCCCGGACUCACAAUAUGUCAUGACCCAUACCAUCCCAGCAACCGACAGCGAGAAUUUCGCUGGCGUAUCCAUUAUUCAACCACCAUUUCACUAUCACAUCUAUCAAAAAGAGUACUUCCAACUACAAAAGGGCAUCGCCACCAUCUUUCUCGGCACCGACCCAAACCCUUUCGCGACACUGACCGAGGACGGCCAGAAAACGGCGACCGUCCCAGCCGGCAGAUAUCAUCGAUUCGAGAAUGCUUCCAAAACGGACGACUUGGUGAUUGACAUCCAUUUGACGCCCGAGUCGUACGAAAAUGAACAAAGGUUUUUUCGCAAUUUCUUCGGAUACUUGGAUGAUUGCAAGACAUCCAAGACCGAGCCGAGUCUCUUCCAACUUUUGGUAUUCCUGCACAGUGCAGAUACUCCGUUGGCGCUACCGCUGCCGUGGGAAGGGCUGGGGGUCGUCGUCAGUCGGAUGUUCCUUAUUGUCAUGGCGGGCUGGGGAACGUGGAUUCUGGGGUACAAGACGAAUUAUCCUGAAUAUUACGAGACGGGCAAGUCUAAGUAGUCGAUCUGGCCCCCAUUUGCGCUUGGGCAUUCCACUAUUGCUUCGAUUGGCCGCAAUUGGCAGUUGGGAUUGGUGUCCUGUCCAAGAAAUCAAUCUACAUACACU